AGGAAGUGCUCCCUGACUGAAAGCUGUGCUGUUAGCUCACACUGCGGUGUCGCAUUGGUCCGACGAGGCAGCAGUCGUGGUCUUGUGUGAAACAGACGAAACAUUUUAUAGGCUUUAUCAUGGGAGUCUAUGAGGAGAAGAAGGAAACAUGUGGAACCAUCUGCCUGAAAUACCUGCUGUUUGCGUUCAACUUUCUCUUUUGGUUGGCAGGGGGCGUUGUGAUGGCAGUGGGAGUUUGGACCUUGGUUGAGAAAAGCGACUACAUCAGCCUCCUCUCCUCCCAGACCUAUGCUGCAUCCGCCUACAUACUGGUCCUGGCUGGAGCCAUCGUCAUGGUAACAGGCGUGCUGGGCUGCUGUGCCACCUUCAAGGAGCAGAGGAGGCUACUGCGAGUGUACUUUGUCCUGCUGCUGUGCAUCUUCCUGUUGGAGAUUCUGGCUGGCAUCCUGGCUUAUAUCUACUACCAGCAGUUGAAUGAGGAGCUGAAGCAGAACCUGAAGGAGACCAUGACACAAAAGUAUCAGCAGAGCAGCCAUGAGCAAAUCACCAGUGCUGUAGACAAGCUGCAGCAGGAGUUCAAGUGCUGCGGCAGCAACAGCUCGUCCGACUGGGCUGAGAGCGUCUGGAUUCGCUCCAGUAAGGCAAACGGCCGAGUGGUGCCUGACAGCUGCUGCAAGACUCCCACUGAGCUCUGUGGCCGCAGGGACCACCCAUCCAACGUCUACAAGGUGGAGGGCGGCUGCAUCACCAAACUGGAGAAAUUCAUCCUGGACCACCUGAAGAUCAUUGGAGCAGUGGGUGUUGGGAUUGCCUGUGUGCAGAUCAUAGGGAUGGUGUUCACAUGCUGCCUAUAUCGAAGUCUGAAGGCAGAGCCGUACUAAGAGGAGCAGAAGGAGAAAAGUGUGUGGGUGAAGCAGGUAACUUCAUCAACACGUGCCAUACUCAAAUAGCCCAUAGGUUCUUUUUCUUUGCCUUGCACAUCGGGGAUGGAAAAUUUGGCAAGGGAUCAAAAUGCACGUCUGAGGAUCUCAUUUUGGUAAAUCAAGGGUGGAAAAACACUACAAGGUAUCUUGAAGUAAUUAGGCAUUCAAAUUGCAGUCUUGGCUCCGUCUUCGAGAUCACUGCGCUGUGAGAAAAUGCCUCUGAGAGAAACUGAUGGGAAUUUUAGCACGGGCUGAGUAAAUGAGUGUGGGACGGCCUCCUCGGCACUAAAAAGAAAAACAAACAAAAAAACCAUUGUAGUUUUCUUCCACUCAGGUUCCCUUAUUGUGCAGUACAGUUAUGUUUGUCGCCCAGGUGCUGCACCUGAGAGUGGUGUAAAGAUCAGUGGAGUAAAACUGGCACUUUGCAGAAAAUGUUAAUCCUGGUCGCGGCAGCUUCCCUCCCCCAGCAGCCUGGUUUUACAAGCCAGCCUCUGGGGCCUCCCUCAACUGCAACAGCAUUUCGUCUCCACACUAACUAGCCUGUCAUGCAUUUUAAAUAUUUCUUCUGUAGUGGCCUUUUAAACUGUUAGGUUUUAUAUUUUGUAAAUGAUUAUUUUCUUGAACACUUGAGGGGCUUUCUUUCGAGCUUCGAGGCUGUAUCGCCUAACGUGUCUUCAUAGUGACCCGUCAGUUUUAUGUCAUGUUUUUAAUCGUCGCUGCCACCUUUAAGACCCGCUGACAAGGACUCCAGUGAAGGCACACAAGUUUGUGCCUUGCUCAACAGCAUAACUGUGCCUUUGACGGCAGCGAUGCCUGCUUUUUAAACCCUGUGUGACUACUCAAAGCUGUAAAGGCUGAUGUUAAUGAAGUCAUUGUGUGAUUCUGUUAAGGAUACAUAAAAGCAGUGACACUGAUAUUGCUCAUAAGAAAGUGCCUCAUUUGUUCUUUUUUUUUUAUACAAGGGAUUUAUCCACUGAUGCCAAAGUUGUCAGCUGUAACUCUGUGUAAGGACCUACUGUAUCUCUUCCAGCCUUAUUCUCGUAUCUACUGAUGUUUUUAGGUUGUUUUCAUAAAUGAAGAUUUUAUUGACUUUUCUGUAGACCAUUAAUGUAUUAUUGUAUUUAACAGACAUUUGGUGUUAAAUGAAAUUCACUCACUGUUAGCUAUGAUCUUUUUCUGAUGCACCUCAGAGACGACACUGAAUUAAUCUGCUGUAUUUCUGUCUGUGUGAAAAUCCUGGAAUCACUUUAGUUUGAAUAAACAUUGACCAACAGUA